AUGCGCUCUGUCCCCCGCCGGCCCACUCCACCCGCCUUCAACACGCCCUUUACACCUCAACAGCUCUUGGCAUUUAGGACCUUCAAUUCCACACUUAAACGGUAUUGUAGGAUAGAAAUAGGCGUAGUGGACGACUCUCAGAAGUCGUACCAGGAGGCUUUCGACAUCGCCAAGGCAGAGAUGCAGCCCACCCACCCCAUCAGGCUGGGUCUGGCGCUCAACUUCUCCGUCUUCUUCUACGAGAUCCUCAACUCGCCUGAUAAGGCUUGUCAGCUAGCGAAACAGCCUGCAUUGCUUGUUCUUCAAGUUGUGGUUGACGACUCCCAGAAGUCGUACCAAGAAGCCUUCGACAUCGCCAAGUCAAAGAUGCAACCCACCCACCCCAUUAGGUUGGGUCUUGCCCUCAACUUCUCGGUGUUCUACUACGAGAUCCUCAACUCUCCUGACAGAGCGUGUCACUUAGCCAAGCAGGCAUUCGACGACGCUAUUGCGGAGUUGGAUACGCUAAAUGAAGACUCGUACAAGGAUUCUACGCUCAUAAUGCAGCUCUUGCGAGAUAACUUGACACUUUGGACGAGUGACACGCAGGGCGAAGGAGACGAGGCUAAUGAGGGCGACCAAAACUGAUGAACGCAACCCCUUUUAGCAGGCUCCACUCGACCCUCCACACUCCUACCUACCAGUCAUGAUGCCUGAAGGGUCGACCAUUCCUCACAGCUCACUCUUCACACCGCCAGCGUGGCUACAGUAGUCGAGGCUACGGCUGGGCGCUCCUCAGUGACGCUACGCUCACCACCUCGAUACUCCCGGCCGCCUCACCACCGCAUCAACGGUCGUCCCUCGGCCUCUCUGCUGCCUCAAAUGAACAUCACCUCGAGGAAGUCAAAUCUCGAGUAGACAUCAAUUCUUUCCCAGUGCAUUUGUGACUCACCAUUGAGGAGCAGUCCCGGCUGUUAGGUUAACAAUCGUGCACAGGCUACCCGGCGAGUGUGAUUGUCGCAGCUCUUUGCCACCAUCUCGAAAGAGACUGUGAAGUGAAUAUGACAGUGGGAUCUUCUCUCUGGAACAACGUUGAGAGACAAUUUUGAUAGUGUGAAAUCAACGCUUGGGUCGGCUGGUCGUUUCUAAUGGGGCGGCCAGCCAGACUGCAUUACUUAUUACUGCUAAAUGAACCACUUAGCAUUUUGUACUUCCCAUGGGGUCGGGCUCCCUCGGUCCCGCCUCUUUGUAUGUAACGUUGCGUACCGACAGUCAAGAGGACAAACCAACAAGUAUGAAGAGAUUGUUACUGUAUUAACCGGUGGAUCAUGUGGUUGUAGCAAGAAAGAUUAUCUCCUUGAUUUGGAUAAAAUUUGACCACAGAGCUAAAUCGAUAAAGAAAUUUUUUUGAAGAUAAAUAAGAUAUUCGCCUUUAAUGUUACAGCCCAUGAACACACUGUACGUUUAAGAUUAAUACUGUAUUACUUAUUGGUUUAUUAGAUGUGACCCCUUCAAAAUUAAGCUGAUUUUCUGUUAUGUCGUGGCCAGUUGGUGUCUACAAGAUCAAUAAUAAUGCGGUAGAUAUUGACUUUGUUGGAUGUAAGCAUGGAGUAAUGAUGGAAAAUGAUUACUUUAUUUUCAUUUUUUUCACGUCGCUUUUGAGAAUGAUCGGCGGUCAGGUGAGUCAGAACAGGCAUGGGAAGCAAUAUUGAUUAGAAUAACUUUCACCACAAGGGCGGGAUUCAAUUGGCUACUCAUUUUACCAUCUUCAAAUAGACCCCAUUGGCCAAAAAAAUAUCCGAAAUUGGACUACCAUCACCAACAGGGGAGAGCAUGAUAAAAAGGUAAUAGCGGUAACACUCACGCCAGUCAUCCCACCUCUCCUGACGCCGAGAGUUCUCAUUUGCUUUAUUUGAAGACCAGUGAACUGAGGAGCUUUGUUUUCUCUGGGUUUGUACUUAUAAUCACGAUGAUUUGUAAUAGGCAGAGCACCCAGCGAGGGAGGGAGAAGUACUAUCAGUGCAUCUCUCUAUUGCCUAGCCAACGGUAUUCAGUAAAAUAAAAUAUAAAAAAACAAUGAAUGGUAUUAGAUAUUUCUCAUUCAUUUUGUCAUCAGCAUUAAUGGUAACCAAACACCUCCCCCGUAACAAUUAAUAUUGGUCAAAUCUAAAACAAUAAUAGUCACAACCAUCUGUGCUUGAAAUUGACUGCCAAAUGUGAAAUGUAUUAAGAAAGCGUAAAAUGUUUUGGUGGUAGUUUAGGUCGUCAAAAUUUAACUUUAAAAAAUUCUCGCCCCUUUGUCAAAAUUGCUUUCCUAAAUCAACGUAAUAAACGUUUCAUAUAUA